AUGAGUGGUGGUGUCUACGGUGGAGACGAAGUCAGUGGUGUGGUAUUCGAUGCAGGCUCGCAUAGCCUACGUGUCGGCUUCGCUGGGGAGGAAUAUCCAAAGGGCGAUAUUCCUUCCUACGUAGCUGUUCAAGAAGUUGAAGCGGAUGAAGACGUGGAAAUGAAAGAAGGUGCAGAACCGACCAAUGUAAAGAAGAAGCGAAAUAUGUUCAUUGGAACAACGAAAAUCGUCGUUCCAAGGCCGAAUACAACUAUUCAAAGCUUCAUGAAGGAUGGCAUGAUUGAGGAUUGGGAAAUGUUCGAGAAUCUUUUGGAUUAUUCUUACAAUGAGGUUCUUCAUAGUGAAACGCAAUAUCAUCCUGCUUUGUUUACUGAGAGUGCGUGGAAUGAUAAAACAAAGCGAGAACGUUUGACGGAGCUAGUGUUCGAGAAGUACAACAUCCCAGCAUUCUUUUUAUGCAAGAAUGCUGUGCUAACAGCGUGA